AAAAGAACACAUACUGGAGAAAAAUCUUAUGAAUGUAACCAGUGUGGUAAAGCCUUUGCACAAAACAGUACUCUCUUAAGCCAUAAAAGAACACAUACUGGAGAGAAACCUUAUGAAUGUAAUGAGUGUGGUAAAGCCUUUGCAGAAAACAGUACUCUCUUAAGCCAUAAAAGAACACACACUGGAGAGAAACCUUAUGAAUGUAAUGAGUGUGGUAAAGCCUUUGCACAAAACAGUCAUCUCAUAAGCCAUAAAAGAACACACACUGGAGAGAAACCUUAUGAAUGUACUGAGUGUGGCAAAGCCUUUGCACAAAACAGUACUCUAUUAAGCCAUAAAAGAACACACACUGGAGAGAAACCUUAUGAAUGUAACGAGUGUGGUAAAGCCUUUGCACAAAACAGUAAUCUCAUAAGACAUAAAAGAACACACACUGGAGAGAAGCCUUACAAAUGUAAUCAAUGUGGUAAAGCCUUUGCAAAAAUCAGUCAGCUCAUACGGCAUAAAAGAACACAUACUGGAGAGAAACCUUAUGAAUGUAACCAGUGUGGUAAAGCCUUUGCAGAAAACAGUCAUCUCAUAAGCCAUAAAAGAACACACACUGGAGAGAAACCUUAUGAAUGUAACCAGUGUGGUAAAGCCUUUGCAGAAAACAGUCAUCUCAUAAGCCAUAAAAGAACACACACUGGAGAGAAACCUUAUGAAUGUAACCAGUGUGGUAAAGCCUUUGCAGAAAACAGUCAUCUCAUAAGCCAUAAAAGAACACACACUGGAGAGAAACCUUAUGAAUGUAACCAGUGUGGCAAAGCCUUUGCACAAAACAGUACUCUCUUAAGUCAUAAAAGAACACACACUGGAGAGAAACCUUAUGAAUGUAACCAGUGUGGUAAAGCCUUUGCACGAAACAGUCAUCUCAUAAGACAUAAAAGAACACACACUGGAGAGAAACCUUAUGAAUGUAACCAGUGUGGUAAAGAAAAGAAAAAGAGGGAAGCCAGCAAAGACGGUUCAUACACACUCAAGGGAAAGGGUGAUGAAAUGAAAACCUCAAAGUUCGACUUUGACACAUUUUAA